UAUUUGUAUUGUUGGAAGUCUAUCUAGAUCUAUCCGCAAAACAGCAGUGACACUGGCACACGGUUGAUGAGGUGCGUUAGAUUUUUAUGGCGCUGCUCACGGGCACUCCCACGAGGCGGUGCGUUACUCACGCCAGCAUUAUCUGUCUUCAGAUGCUGCUGUAAACUUAACCCGACUUGAGUCCAUGUCACUGGAAGGGAUCUCACAUCCUAUCAAUGGUUGUCUUGAGGGUAAGAAAUGCGCACAAAAGGAAAUAUACACUUAUCUGCCUGUGCAUCGUGGGCUUCAUCCUGUACAGAUAUUUUGGUAUGCCAGCAGGGCUGCGGAGAAUGAGCAGGAAGGUGGGCCUGAGUGCCAACUCGUCACAGUUCACCCUGGAGGGACAGCCCUUCCACAUCCUCGGGGGAUCCAUUCACUAUUUCCGUGUGCCCAGGGCUUACUGGAGAGACCGCUUGCUGAAAAUGAAGGCCUGUGGCCUCAACACCCUCACUACGUAUGUGCCAUGGAGUCUUCAUCAGCCAGAGAGAGGGGUUUUCAACUUCCACGCACAGCUGGAUUUAGAAGCCUAUAUCAAUCUUGCUGCAGAACUGGGGUUGUGGGUGAUUUUACGUCCAGGGCCCUACGUUUCCUCAGAGCUGGACCUAGGAGGAUUGCCAAGCUGGCUCCUCAGUGACGGCAGCAUGAGACUGAGGACAACUUACCCAGGCUUCACUCAGGCUGUCAAUACUUAUUUUGACAAAAUAAUACCAAAAAUGGUCCCUCUGCAGUUCAAGAAAGGAGGUCCCAUUAUUGCUGUACAGGUUGAAAACGAGUAUGGAUCCUUUGUGAAGGAUGAAAGUUACAUGCUUUUCAUUAAAGAGGCUUUACAGUCCCGAGGGAUCAGCGAGCUCUUGCUCACAUCAGACAACCACAACACAUUAAAGUCGGGGAGUGUGGAUGGAGCCAUCCGAUCAGUAAAGCUGCAGAAGCUCAAUCAGAGAGACAUCCAGGAUCUAAAUGCUGUCCAGCCUAACAGCCCCAUUUUGGUGAUGGACUACUGGACUGGCUGGUAUGAUGUGUGGGGUGAACUUCACCAUGUACUUCCACCCGAAGAUAUGGUGUCCACCAUAAGAGAAAUUCUGAGGCGAGGCAUGUCCUUCAACCUCUACAUGUUCCACGGAGGCUCCAGUUUUGGCUUCAUGAGCGGAGCACUCGCUGAUCCUUCCUACAAAGCAUUGGUCCCCAGUUAUGAUUAUGAUGCUCCCUUGUCAGAAGCUGGGGAGUACACUCCAAAAUACCAACUCCUUAGGGAUUUGCUUUCUCGAUACAACAGAGGAGACAGUUUCCCUGACAUGCCAGCCCUGCAUUACAGGGAGGCUUAUGAACCAGCUAUCAUGUACCAGCACCUAUCCUUAUGGGAUGCUUUGAGCUUCACUGAGGGAUCAUUUAAGUCACCCAAGCCGGUAAACAUGGAGAAUCUACCUGUGAACAACAGAAAUGGCCAGUCCUAUGGAUACACGCUGUAUGAGACUGCUAUCACCAGCGGCGGGUUAUUGAAGUCUGGAGACAAUGUCCGAGACCGUGCCCUUGUGUUUGUUGACAGAAGCUACAUUGGCCUUUUCAAGCGGCAAAGAAUGGAAUUGGCAGUCCCUGAUGGUAAGGGGCGACGUAUUCUAAGCUUAUUGGUGGAAAACUGUGGACGAGUUCACCAGGGAAGGGACCUUGACCAACAACAUAAAGGCCUUGUGGGAGACAUUUUAUUAAACAAUAUCCCCUUGCGAGAGUUUACCACAUACAGCCUGGAUAUGAAACCCAGCUUUAUUGACAGGUUUGUAUAUCUAAAUCUAGAGCACUGCAUAUCACUUUCUUUAAUUGUAACAGUGUAUUUCAAGGGGAUACCUUAUUCCAGUCUCUAUCAGGCACCUUGGAAAACUCUCCCUGAAACUCCUAGCUUCCCUGGAUUUUUCAUGGGAAGGCUGUUUGCAUAUGGGUAUCCUAGUGAUACAUUUGUGAAGAUGCCAGGCUGGGAGAAAGGUGUAGUGUUUAUCAAUGGGCUAAAUUUGGGCCGCUACUGGUCAAUUGGUCCCCAGCAGGCUCUUUACCUCCCUGGUCCCUUUCUCAACAGUGGAAUUAACCAGGUUAUUGUGUUUGAGGAGCAGGAGGGUGACUACAAGGUCCAUUUUGAGGAUACACCUGAUCUUGGCAUGGCAGCAGACAUCCAGUGACUCAUGGGUCAUCACCACCUGCAUGGACAGUGCUUUUGUGUAAAAAUGGAUCGUUUGACGGAUUUACAAACUGCUUGUUACAUCAAUUCAAACCUUCAAAUUCAGGGAUAUAAAUGUUUUAACAUCAUGGUCAGUGUCUAACUGAAUACUUUAAAAUCUACAUACACAUCCACACAACCAAUGUCGAAACAGAGAGAGAGGCAUGUUUGGAUGGGAUCACUUUAUAUCUAUGUACAUUCAGUACCUUUAGUUACGGUGACUCUUCACACAUGGAGCAGAAUUACAAAGUAUAUCCUCUUACCCAUGGAUUUACUGUUAAAAAGUAAUCAUUUCUGUGUGGGGAUGGCAGUUAUAUCUGAUAUUGUUGUUAGUUUUGUAUUGCUUGUGUGAAUAUUUUGCAGAAUCCAGUUAUCGAAAUGGACAUGUCUUAGGCUGUAAAACGAAACAAAAGAAAAACAGGUUUCUGUGACAAUCUGAGCUGAGGCAGGAGGUAUUCAAAUUAAACAAGUGCAGCAAUGUGGCACCAUCAGAACAUAAUCUUAAAGGUUUCAGAUGCCAAUCACAUUGAUAAGUGACCAAACCUUUAACAGCCACAGAACAUCAGCAUUUUUAAGUAUUGCCUCUGCAGGUCAACGGAGUAUGAAAUCAUAACUUGUAAGCCAGUCAUCCAUGGUGGGAAUAAUUGUGUAAUACAGCUAUUUGAAAUGAUGCACAACUAGUUUUUAGAGUAAUGGCCUCAUUUCCCAUUCACUUUCACAUGCAUAGUUCACAAGUGACAAAUGAACAGUACCAGUUACUCUGGAACAAUAAAUAAUUCUGAAAGAAAGCUUCAGUUCACUCAACUGGGUCUUAAUUAGCUUAUGAAGAAGCCUGUGAAGUCAGGCACCUUGGAUCUUCUCUUAAAUAUGAGCAACCUCUGUAUUGUUACACUAUAUCAGCAACAAACAACAGCUUGUGGUAAAUAACUGUUGGAGAGGAUACAGCUGUUAUGUUUUUGAAGGCUUGUGUGCUCAUCAUGUGCACUGUGACAGC